AGUUUGGUACACAUUUUAUGUACUCAAUGUUACUAUCAUUAUAGGUGAGAUAAACAAUAAAGUGUGGAAUCGCCGUUAUUGCUGAUAUAGUUUGGUUGAGUGAUUGUUUAUAUCACAGUCAAGAUUUCUAUUGUUAUAUGUUGUUGAAGACAGCCCUUGUUUGUAUUGACUUGUGUGACUAUUGUUGUGGAAGACAGCUUCCGUUGAUAUUAAUUAUUGUUAUCUUGUUUGUUAACAUCGGUUGUAUAUUAGGACUUUAAUGGUGAAACAAUUACAACAGAGACUGAUAGUGGUAUUCUAUUCAACAUUGGUAGCAGAGGAAAAUGUCGAAAUCGAUACCACUCCCGGAGUUUACCGAAUGCAUGAGCUGGACAGACUACAAGAAAGAGAUUAAGAUAUGGCAAGCUUUGACAACGUUGGAUGCAGAAAAACAAGGACCCUGUUUAUAUCUGUCACUUAAAGGUAAAGCAAGAGAGACAGAACUAGAUAUUGACAACAUCAAAGGCGAAAACGGUGUUACCUUGAUACUGGAAAGACUAUAUGAAUUGUACUUAGAAGAAACAUUCCAAAGACCAGAGAAUAUAAAAAUGAAGGACUACCUAGUGAAAUUUGAGUAGCUGUACAAAAAGACAAAGAUCAUAAAACGGACGGUGUUUUGGCAUAUCGUGUAUUGAACUCAGCUAACCUAUCAAAUGACUCUUUGUCGAGCAACCAUGGCUGAUCUGAAAUAUGAUGAAAUGGUUAAACAGCUGAAAAGAUUAUUUGCGGAUGCAAUCACCUCGGCUCCAGUUGGCGCUCAGUCAAUGUCUUCCCAAUCUAAAGAAGAGCCUGUAUUCUUUAAUGACAGCAACGAUACUAGUUCUUAGUAUUACGGCGAUUUCGGUCGACGAAAUUGGUAUCGAGGAAAUGGGGGCAGAAGAAGAGGGAGCUACAAUCCACAACAGAAGAAAGGAGGAAGUGAUAACCAAGGGAUUUUGAACCCUUUGGAUAGAGAUGGAAAUGUAACAAGAUGCAGAAUUUGUGAUGGCAAUAUCAUUGGCAAAACGAUUGUUCAGUAAAGUGGAAAGGUCCAGAUAAAACACUUUGUUUCAAAACACUACCUCACGACAUUACCCCUCACAAAGAGAAGAAAAUUGAUUGAAAACAGCCCUAAAGCAAAAACAGUUUUCUCCUGUUUAAACACUGCCAUCCCGUCAGAGAAGGACAUAAUAAAGCUUCAUCGUCAAUUUAGUCAUUGUCAUGAAAGCAGGUUAAUAAGGUUAAUUGAUUCUUCAAAGGUUUGGAGGAAUACAGACCAGAUAUCGAAGAUGGUCAAGGAAGUGUCCGAAAAUCGCGAUGUUUGCAAAAGAUUUAUGAGGCGAAAACUCAGACCGUUAGUCAGCAUACCUUUGGCUUCUGAAUUCAAUCAAAUUGUUUCCAUGGAUUUGAUCACCUAUGAGCAAGGCAUCUGGAUUUUACAUUUGAUCGAUUUGUUCUCCAGGUAUUCUGUGGCAUGCGUGAGAAAUUCCAAGAAACAAGUUGUAAUGAUUGAUGCGAUUAUGACAAUGUGGAUAAGCUACUUUGGCCAACUAAGAAGGUUUUUAGCUGACAAUGGUGGAGAAUUUUUGAAUGAAGAUUAUCCGGAAAUGUGUGAGAUGUUUAAUAUUGAAGAAGCAAAAACUGCAGCUGAAACCCCUUUGUUAAAUGGUAUAUGUGAAACCCACAACACUGUCGUCAAAGAAGCAGUCAGGAAAACGAUGGAAGACUCAAAUUGUAGUUUGGAAACGGCAGUUGUUUGGGCAGUAAGUGCAAAGAAUUCUUGAGUGGACAUCAAAGAUACAGUCCAAAUAUUUUCGUGUAUGGCAACAGAGCGAAACAAAGUUUUGUGCGUAUAUGUGUGACUGCAGUUGAAAUGGGUAUGUUUUUCUUAUCCGCUAUCAUUUCCGAAAGCCGACUGUAAAAAGUAAUGCAUUCGCGACCCAUGCUUCCGUGAAUUGAAAAUAUAAGCGGCGUGAAACUGCCAUUAUCAACACUCAAAAUUCUACAAUUGUAAUUUCUUUUCUUCUCGUUCUCGUUUGAAAUGAAAGAUUGCUGUAAAGUUUGGUUGCUAUACCUCGAGGCAGUGGGGUCAAAAACCCUUACGUCAAAAAUGCAUGCUGGCCGUUUAUCCAAAAAUCACGAGCACGAAUGUCCGGUCUACAAUCAUCACCGGUCUUUACACUCUUUAAAUCGAAACGUUCUCCAGUCAGCGGUAGCAAAUUCGGUUCCAACUGUACGUCAUGACAAACAUCCUUGAGUAACUUUGAUGUGAGGUCACGAAUCUCGAUUUGACGUUGAACACAGCAUGAAGUGUAAGAUGGGUGGCUUUGUUACGAGACGUCACAACGACAUUCGUGACCUCACAUCAAAGUUACUCAAGGAUGUUUGUCAUGACGUACAGUUGGAACCGAAUUUGCUACCGCUGACUGGAGAACGUUUCGAUUUAAAGAGUGUAAAGACCGGUGAUGAUUGUAGACCGGACAUUCGUGCUCGUGAUUUUUGGAUAAACGGCCAGCAUGCAUUUUUGACGUAAGGGUUUUUGACCCCACUUCCUUUGAGGUAUAGCAACCAAACUUUACAGCAAUCUUUCAUUUCAAACGAGAACGAGAAGAAAAGAAAUUACAAUUGUAGAAUUUUGAGUGUUGAUAAUGGCAGUUUCACGCCGCUUAUAUUUUCAAUUCACGGAAGCAUGGGUCGCUAAUGCAUUACUUUUUACAGUCGGCUUUCGGAAAUGAUAGCGGAUAAGAAGAACAUACCCAUUUCAACUGCAGUCACACAUAUACGCACAAAACAUUAUUUCGCUCUGUUGAGAUCCGGUUUAAUAUGUUUAAGAGGUUCGAGAAGUUUGUAUAAAAAGUUCGAUGUAGGAGAUGAUAUUGUUAAAUCAUUAGUUAGGAAUAUGUUGUGUUAUGUCGUAAUUUAGUCCCUCGUCAUAUAAUGUUCUAGUUGUUGUUGUAAAAUUAUGUGUAGUUUAUGUGUUUAAUAAACUAUCCUAAAUCAGUGUUUUGUCAGACGAUUCAAUUGUUAACUCGAAUAUUCACUAUGCAAACACAGGGUAGCUCUCAGGAAAUCAGCUCUUAGGUAAAUAACUCUCUUGCUGUCAUUCACUCAGUACGUGCUUCUUUUCACCAAGAUCAUAGUAAAUUUGGAAGUACUUGAGGAAUUCAGUGAUUUGCAUGUUGUUUUUCCAAGUUCAAGCGUGUCAAUAUCUGGAAUUCAAAUGACUUGGAAUAUGUCAUUAAACAGGGUGAUACACUUUACAAGUCCAUAAAUACUUCAUUAUUUUAUCAACCCUCGACCUUCCUAGGACGGUCAGUGUUCACAAUGCUGUAGUAGAACUUGAUUUCAACCAAGACAUGUUUGGAACACUAACCAGGGAUAAU